UCCUUCUUCCACACACUCACACACAAAGUCCACCAGUAAAGGGAAAAACGAAACUCGGGAGAGGAAAAGAAAUCCCGAAUCCUCGGUGUGGGAGUCGACAUGGAAAGUGCACGAGCGAGAGCAGGCGAGCGAGCAGCAAACUUCCCGCCCGUCCAACAGCAGCACCCUUGCGAGACCUGAUUUCCUCAUUUUUCUUCGUUUCCAUCGAUGAUGCAUGACGGAUACCUGCUCGCUGCUGCAGCGGUGAACAUCCCGCACGAGCAGUGCGCGCCGUCCACCACCAGCCGGAAGUUUCUAUGUUUCCAGCCGGCAGUGGCGAGAACAACGGUGCUUGACGGCUACCUGCUGCUGCUUGCUGCCUGCUGCUCGCUGCCUGCUGCGACCAGGAACACCCCGCACGAGCGGUGCCGCGUGCGAACGGCCGAAGAAUUCCUUUUUCUUUUCUAUAUUUACAGCGCAAACGACACCUGCAUGUUCUGCUUCUCCCUGGAUAUGUGCAAGUGGUGGGUUGGGAGGGAUGUCACCACUACCUGCCUAUAUGUCUCGCCUGCCUGCCUGCCUCGCCACAAGGUCUUGCUCUCGUCUCCGUAUCUUUCGUGUGUUCACCCCUACGUGUCAAUUUUUAGAAAAACCCAUGAUGGGGUUUUUCUCUGGAAGUCCGCUGCGUGGGUUCUGCUUCGUUGGAACUGCAUGCAUGGAUGCAUGUUCACGCCGUGUGGCACGUCGAGGCGCGUGAUAAUAAUGGUGAUCAUCAAGGGGAGUGCGUACUGUGCCUUUUCCGACAUCCUGCUUUUUGGGGGGCCUGGUGGAACGCUGUACGCCUCGUGAGUGACUGGACCUUCUUAGGGUUGGGGUUGCGGAUCUGCGUUGGUGGCACAUGCUGCGUACGGGUUGCUCGGCCCCCCGUGGUUCAAAUCUAUCUUUGUU